UUUGACAGUGAAAAAAUUCCAUUUUGGGAAAAAAAACUUGAAUUCAAAAGUACUUUUCAGCAGAUCGCGAAGCCGCGGAGAUCGCGAAGUCAGACCCGUUUGGCUCCUUUAGGGAGUCAGAAACAUCUGCCGGAUGUCUAUUUCGAGUUCCGAUGGAUGCACGCACUCAUUAAAAAUCAGAAGAAUAAGUCGCAACGUGAACUGCCGAGCGAGCUUGGUGGCGCUUCUGAAAAAGCGGCUGGAGGACCGUCAAGUCCAACUGGAGAUCCGCCAACUCAUAGAGCAGAUGAUCUCAUGAAUUCGGCUGCGGAGGCGAGUAGAGAGCCGUCAGUUGUUUGGCCCGAUGACUUACUUAGGAACGAAAGUGGAGAUGCUUCAACGGUGGGGAAUAAUGGCUGCCCGAACACGCUCGAGAGGCGAAAUGCAGAAACUCUAACCGCAAGUUUGAAUGAGCCCUUGAAUGCACCAGGGAAUGUCGCUAAAGAACGUUCCUUAGUGAGCCAGAACGAUCACAAGGAAAUAUCUGAGAAGCCACUGACUGAAGAAUGCACAAUUACGAGAUUGGUUGAGAGCCUGAACCCUGGUGGGAGCGACGCUAAAUAUUCUACAGCGGCAAUAGGCAGUCAGAGGAAUGUAGAGAACGAGAGCGCAGCCGAAGAGCGAUCAACCCUCAGUCAGAACGACAUAUGGAGCUCCCCUGGAAGCCAAAAUGGAGGAUCGUCUUACGUCACCUUAGACGAGAUCGUAAGGUCACCUGAUGCUGUUAGUGUAGAAUCGACAUAUGGAACGCCUGAACAAAGGACAAGUUCAUCUACCGUUACAAUCCAGGAUUCGUCAACUACAGCCUCCGACACGUUUCUCGAAUCACCUGAACGCGGAAGUAGAGAAUCGUCGUUAUGUUCGUCAUACGAGAUGCAGAUGGCAUCUGAAAGCACAGCAGAAGAGCUCUCCUUGCCGAAUAUGUCCCCAUCAGGAAGUCCAACUAAAGCGCCAUCAACUGUUGUGCCUGAAGAGUCAGAAGUACCAGAGGACGUGAACGACGAACCUCUAGCACGAGAAAUUAAAGACUACCAAUGCCACUGGAACGGAAACCUUUUGGUAAUUUCGAAAGAGGAGGACGAAAAUCGAUGGGAGAAAUACAUCAGCGACGAAAACAGUGACGGUGCCAAGAAUACUGCUGUGUACAUCGAUGUUGAUGCUCCUUCGACUUCAUCAUCUUGCUCAUAUGGUACUACUGAUCAAAGGUUGGCACCAUCGAAUCUGCAUGGAAGCCAAGCGACCGAAUUCGAGAAAGCCUAUAACCUAUAG